CUCUUCCAAUUGGUCUACUAAUCUGUAAUGUUGUGUUUUCUCUUCCAGUGUUAAUGAACUAUAUGUAGAUGAUCCUGAUAAGGAGAGUGAGGUAAAAUAGAUGUAAGACUGAACAUCAGCUUGCCCAACCUUAACUGUGACUUGGUGGGCUUGGAUAUUCAGGAUGAAAUGGGCAGGCAUGAAGUUGGACAUAUUGAUAAUUCCAUGAAGAUUCCUCUCAAUAAUGGCAAUGGUUGCCGGUUUGAAGGACAGUUUACCAUAAACAAGGUGCCUGGAAAUUUCCAUGUGUCUACACACAGUGCCACAGCUCAGCCACAGAACCCUGACAUGAGUCACUUCAUUCACAUGCUAAGUUUUGGUGACACUUUACAGGUUACGCACAUUCAUGGUGCUUUCAAUGCUUUGGGUGGAGCAGACAGACUGGCUUCCAACCCCCUGGCCUCUCAUGACUACAUCUUAAAGAUAGUACCAACUGUGUUCGAAGACCUUAGUGGAAAGCAGAGGUUUUCAUACCAGUAUACUGUAGCUAAUAAGGAAUAUGUUGCAUACAGCCACACGGGUCGAAUUAUUCCCGCCAUCUGGUUCCGGUAUGACCUCAGCCCCAUCACCGUUAAAUAUACAGAGCGGCGGCAGCCGAUGUAUCGAUUUAUAACCACGGUGAGU